CACUAGCCAACAAGAUUAUAGAAAACUCUAAAAAAUCACUUAUCUACACAUAUUGAAAAAUGCAAUAAGCAUUCAUCAAUGGGAGGUGGAGCUAUGCAUGUUGAUAAUCUUGUACCUAAAUUCAGAAACAAACUUAAUAACAAUUUCUCUUCAUCAUCUUCUACUUCAUCUUCCAAUCUCCAACCUUCACUUCAAAUAGAUAGUAACACGAAUAACACCUUAUCUUCUUGUUGCUGUAAUAAUGGUCAACUAAGCAGAAAACAAGAGAUAACAGCAAGUGGUUGUGUCUAUAAUCAUGUGUUUGAGACUGUUCCAUCUCAAAGGGAAGUUGAGGAUGCAAUUUCAGCUCUACAAGAAUUCAUGAAAGCAGUAUCAUCCACAAUCACAGUUCAACAAAUCUCAGACACUUAUGAUUCAAGGAUUGUGCUGUCUCAAGGAUAUAAAAGACUUUAUGAUGCUCUUCAGUUGCUGCAAGCUGAUCCUGCUGUUAAGAGAUUAGUGGUUUCAUUAUCAUCUGAUGAAGCCAUUUGGGAUGCUGUCAUAAGAAAUGUGCUGCAUCAAAGGCUUCUGGAGUUUCCUAAUACAGGUAAUUAUCAAAGGCCUCAAAUUUCAGAAGAAAAAGACAUCAGCAUAGAAAUCUUAAAUUGGAUAUUUCAUAUCAUGAAAGGUAAGAUUUUGGAAAUGAUAGAAAGCUUUCAAUCACUUAUGAAUGAUUUGUUUAAGUACCCUGGGAUUGAAAAUGCAACAAAAGCAAGAGAUGCAAGUGCAACACAACUGGAUGAAAAAGUUAGAUCAUCUACACUUCUUUCCAUAGUUAUCCUUUUGAUUGUAAUCAUGGCUCGAUAUCAAAGUCGUCAAGUCUGAUGAGCAUGUAUGGAUAUCAUAACAGCAUUUCAUUUGCUUCAUUUUAGAUUCUUAAAAUUUAGACGAUUCAUUUGCAA